GGCCGCGCCGCUGUGGCUCUGGUGCGUGUGCGCCUGGGUGGCCGCGCGCUGCCCGCCGGGCCGCGCCCUGCAGCUCCGGGCCGGCAUGCCAAAUGUUUGUGAAGAACAGCAAAUGACUGUGGUGCGACUCCCACACCCUUGUGUGCGGGCAUUUACACACACUGUGAAGCUCUGGAAACCUGGAUGCUUAGACCCAAGAUGGUGUGCGGGUUAUGAAAGAAGGACCAGGUAUUACACUGUUUACAGACAGACAUACAGCCUGGAGCCGCAGACUCUCUACAGGUGCUGCCCUGGUUGGAGGCAGUGGGCCGAGGAACCUGGCUGCCUACACCCUGUCUCAGCAGUGAGAACUUGUUUUAAUGGAAUAUGUCGAGAACAUGAAGCCCAGCGUUGCCAGUGUUCAGAGGGCUUUCAAGGACCCCGCUGUCAAUAUGGUUCUCUUUUUCAUCUUUUCACCCCUGUGGAUUUCUCCUGUAUCUUUUCAGUGCUUGCCUGAAUCUCUUCUAUUUUCUGAAGACUGAGCAGUACCCUCUGGACAUAAUAAGUUUGGUGAUAAGCAGAGAUAUAAAUGAAUGUUCCAUUGACAAUGGUGGUUGUCAAGGGCAAUGCUGUAAUACAAUUGGCAGUUAUUACUGUAAAUGUCAAGAUGGCCUGAAGCUGGAGGAAGAUGACAAAGGAUGUAAAGAUGUCGAUGAGUGUGCGGUGGUGAAUGGAGGCUGCCAGCAGCGCUGUAUUAACACUCUGGGCACCUUCCACUGUGAAUGUGAUCCUGGAUACAGACUCCAUGCUGAUGAACGCACCUGCAUAAAGAUGGACCCUUGCUCUAGUGGGAAUAGAUGUACCCACAUCUGUCAGAGUGAAAAUGGUGUAGCCAUGUGUUCCUGUCACCCAGGGUACCAACUAUCUGAAGAUAGAAAGGCCUGCAGAGACAUAAACGAGUGUGCAGAAGGACUUGCUCACUGUAGCCAUAAUUGUGUCAACACCAAUGGCUCUUUCACUUGUACCUGCCACCCUGGCUUUGAGCUUGGAGCUGAUGGAAAACAGUGUUACAGAAUUGAGUUGGAAAUUGUCAAUAGCUGUGAAAAGAACAAUGGAGGUUGUACCCAUCACUGUGAGCAUGCAGCCGGUGGCCCUCACUGCUUCUGUGACCAGGGACAACAGCUUGACUCAGAUGAGAAGACGUGCAUAGAUAUUGAUGAAUGUGAAAAUGGAGAGUCCUGCUGUGACCAGAUCUGUAUCAACUAUCUAGGAGGCUAUGAAUGUGGUUGUUCAGAAGGUUUUCGGCUCAGUUCUGAUGGUUGUCAAUGUGAUGAUGUGGAUGAGUGUCUGGAUGUCAGUCUAGUCUGUGACCAACUCUGUGUUAACUCUGUGGGAACAUACGACUGUUCUUGUGAAGAAGGCUACAGAAUUGGAAGUGAUGGGAAAACUUGCUUCUGUAAGUCACUGUGAAGAAUUAAUUUUAUUGAAUCUUUAAAACUACUUCAGCCCUCGGCUUGUUCUUCAGGAGCAAAAGAGACACAUAUUCUUAAACUCAACUUCUCCUCCCCUUUCUUUCUUCACAGACUGAGAUCUGUGACUUUUCCUUUUGUUCCCUUGGCUACAUUUUCAACUCGAUGCUCAAUGCUAUUCACCUUCAUUUACAAUAGGCUUUUUGAUAUGGACUUUUCAAAGAAUUUUUCUUUCACUGGGUCCCUGUGUUGGCUGUCUAGUUCAAACUCUCCUUUCUCUGGUCCUUGCUUGAUUUUUUUUCUUUUAAACCAACAUGUUCAAUAGAGGCAUUUUCCUGUGUGGUCUUAGCUUUAGAUGAUGAUGAGUUAGAGGAAGAAGAAGAAGAGCAAUUAGAAAUUGUGAGAUUUCCACGACUUCUUUUCAAGAGUCGACCUCAACUGCUUCAUUAUGUAGCUGACUCUCUGUCUCCUACCUACCAAAACGAAGAAGAUGAAGAUGAGAAAGGAAAAGGGGUUUACAGAAAACUAACUUCCUUGCUCAAAGUUGGAUGCCCAAAAGGAUUCUUUGGGAAGAACUGCAAAAGAAAUUGUAACUGUGCCAACAAUGGUCAUUGCCACAGGGUGCAUGGAGCCUGUAUGUGUGAGCCAGGACGCUAUGGGCGGUUUUGUCAUCUGAACUGUCCCAAGGGGGUGUAUGGAGCCGGC